GAGGUCGUAGGAGUCACAUCACCGCCGCCGGCUCUUUCGCUUGUUGGUCCGCGUCCCGCCUGCCCUAGCCAUGCUCUCCGCCUUUGCUCGGCCUGCCGGCGCAGCUCUCCGCCGCAGCUUCAGCACCUCGGCCCAGAACAAUGCUAAAGUAGCUGUGCUUGGGGCUUCCGGGGGAAUUGGGCAGCCCCUUUCACUUCUCCUGAAGAACAGCCCUUUGGUGAGCCGCCUGACCCUCUAUGAUAUUGCUCAUACACCCGGAGUGGCCGCAGAUCUGAGCCAUAUUGAGACCAGAGCAACUGUGAAAGGCUACCUGGGACCUGAGCAGCUGCCAGACUGCCUGAAAGGUUGUGAUUUGGUGGUUAUUCCAGCCGGAGUCCCGAGAAAACCAGGUAUGACACGGGAUGACCUGUUCAACACCAAUGCCACAAUUGUGGCCACCCUGACUGCUGCCUGUGCCCAGCAUUGCCCCGAGGCCAUGAUCUGUGUCAUUGCAAAUCCGGUUAACUCCACCAUCCCAAUCACAUCUGAAGUUUUCAAGAAACAUGGAGUGUACAACCCCAAUAAAAUCUUUGGGGUGACAACCCUGGACGUUGUCAGAGCCAACGCUUUUGUUGCAGAACUGAAGGGUUUGGAUCCAGCUCGAGUCAAUGUUCCUGUCAUCGGUGGCCAUGCUGGGAAGACCAUCAUUCCCCUGAUCUCUCAGUGCACUCCCAAGGUGGACUUUCCCCAGGACCAGCUGACAACCCUCACUGGGCGGAUCCAGGAGGCCGGCACAGAGGUGGUCAAGGCUAAAGCUGGAGCAGGCUCUGCCACCCUGUCCAUGGCAUAUGCAGGAGCCCGGUUUGUCUUUUCCCUUGUGGAUGCCAUCAAUGGAAAGGAAGGAGUUGUUGAAUGUUCCUUUGUUAAGUCCCAAGAAACGGACUGCCCCUAUUUCUCCACACCAUUGCUGCUGGGGAAAAAGGGCAUCGAGAAGAAUCUAGGCAUUGGCAAAAUCUCCCCUUUUGAAGAGAAGAUGAUAGCUGAGGCCAUUCCUGAGCUGAAAGCCUCAAUCAAGAAAGGAGAAGACUUUGUAAAGAACAUGAAAUGAGAAAGCAGUUAGUGAGCAGUCCAUUUCCUUAAUUUAUUAAGGCAUCGUAUCACUGUAAAGCCAUUUCAGAUAUCUUUCUAUUUCAAUUUGUUUUGAAGAUGAGUAUUAACAUUACCAUCCCUCCCAGAUCAUGGAUCAGUCUUUGAUUUUCUUUUUCAAGGUCUCUUCUAUAAAAAUUGUGCUUUCUUCCCCAUUAGAGCUGACCAGAGUGUCAUCUCUUUCAUCACAGAGCAGAACUAGGCGUUAUUUGAAUAUGCUCCUCCCAGCCCUACUCUUUGCACCAUUACAUCCCUCAGUGUGUAAACUAAAGAAGGGUCAACUCAGGCCUGAUUCCUCAUAGUGUCCUUUCACCUGCUUGGUAUCUGAUGCCAGGCCACUGUUUUGUCCCUCGUUCUUUCUGUGUGAUGGUUUCUGGCUAAGCAAACAGUACUAUCUUCUACGUUGGGGCUGCCUUGGCUGACUUUUGUCCCACUGAAUUUUGCCCUCUUCUGAUGGAGCCAUAAUAUUCAAGUGGCUGUGACAUCCCAUAGCCAGUAUUGUGAGGAAAGUUGAGAUGGGGGCAGAAACAACCAAAAUACCAGCUGGGCUGAGAACACAGUGCUAUCUAUCCUGAAGAAAAGGCAGCUUUGUGUCUGUUUUCCUCGGUGACCUGAAAGAGACUUUGCUGUACUAGCUGGGCUUAGGACAAAUGUGGGGAAUUAAAGGGAGACCUGGUUCCCUUUAGUGUUGGGUGCCGCCUGCCCCCCGAGAGCCGGGGCCUCUGAAGUGGAAACAGCCCCAUACCUGAGAGAACUUUCUGGCAAUAGGUGAUGGCCUUCCCUUGAGAGUGAAAGGGCUGGUGGGGGUAGACCUAUGCCCAGUGGAACCAAAACAAAUGGAUUUUACAGUCAAGUAUGACAUCAUUGUUUUCUUAAACAAGUAAUACAUGUUCAUCGUUCAAAACCUAAAACGUACCCAAAAAAUAAAGCAGAAAAUAGUCACUGGCAAUAAA